AUGCCAUCUCUCUUCGACAAGAAUGGUGAGGAACUGUACGACAACCGUGUCCUCCGGUGUCUCGUGAUCUCGCCCGCUGGCCGGCCGAUCUAUGACUACAAAUCACCGUUGGAGCUUCUCACGGCGCUGCGUGAUGCAAUAAAGGCGCACCGGUCUCUUUACCUGGAUGGGAACAUCCUUCAUCGGGAUAUUUCGGAGAACAACAUAAUAAUCACCGAUCCAGACAAGGCGGAUGGCUACUCUGGCAUGCUGAUUGAUCUGGAUCUUGCCAAAGAAGUUGGAAGUGGGCGAAGCGGCGCGCGGCACCAGACUGGCACAAUGGAGUUCAUGGCAAUCGAGGUGCUGCUGAAUAUCGACCAUACCUAUCGGCAUGAUCUUGAGUCUUUUUUCUACGUGCUUAUCUGGCAGUGCGCCCGCCACGGUUGGGAAAAAUUAAUGCAAUUGCAGAAGUUAUAUCAGUUACGGGUCUGGUCAGACGAUAGUAUGCUAAACAAAUGGUGCAUGGAAAGUCAUGAGAAAAACCUCAAUCAAGGUGAAUUUGAGCGCAUCUUAACGAAUGAUUUUUCUCCACCGAAAGACAGUAUGCUGAAGGAGUGGUAUAAUGGAACUUAUAAAAAAAUUGCAAGAAUCAAGCGAACCGAUAUGGGUGCAGAUGGGCUUGAGGAUAUUUUGACUGAGUUUCCUCCAGCAUUUGAGUUUGCUAAACCACUUUGCAGAGCUAUACGAGACAUUCUUUUCCCGUACGGGGACAGAGGAAUUAUCGUUGGCACCCCGCAAGAUCCGAAGCGUUUAUAUAAUCCUGUUAUCAAGAAGUUACAUAGUGAAGAGAGUGUUAGUGGAGAACUGGACACGUUAAACGAAUAUUUCAAAUCUCUGUCCAGCGUUUCAAGUUUCAAAAUAUACCCGGAAGGAGAUUACUAUAAGAUUAUGCCUUUAAAAUGGAUCCGACAAUACGAGAAUUGUUGGCUGAACUCGAGCGAGAAAGAGCUGAACGUGAGCGAGAAAGAGCCGAACUUGAUCGAAAGACAAUGGCGUCAAGACGCGGAAGCUGAGGGCGCGGUAACGAGACCGACAAAUCGGAGGGUUCCAUCUCGCAUCACGUUGUGGGACACAUUCACUGAGGAGCAAAUGAAGGUGUGGCACAAGCUCGAUCAGCAUCCUCAUUUCUUGACAGAAAAGCUCUUCCCCUCCCUACAUCAGCUCGACUACGUCCGCCAACUUAUCAGCCCAAUUUCCUCAGAGUGGGAUCUUCGGUACUAUGAACGGGAAACGGUAGAAAAUCAAGUGCGGGCCAUAAUAGACCGAAUAUAUGAGAAUGAUGAGCUUAAGAGGGCAUUCGGCUUGCGCGGAUCGAUUACCUUUGAAAGCCAUGCUAACCUUGGGCUUUCAACGCGGGCGGCUGAUAUGAACCCGGGUGAUCAGCAGUCGUCCGUUGAACCCAUGGUUAGGACUGAAUCAAGUACCGGAAAGAGAAUAGGCAAGAAGAAUAAAACAAAGAAAAAAGAGACCCCGAUGGUCACGGGAGGACAGGCAGAUCGAUUCUGCAUCUAUCGCCAGGAUGGCGAUGAGCACAUCCCAGCGCUCGCGAUCGAGUACAAGGCGCCCCACAAGCUCACUCGGGAUGAAAUCGUGGGAGGGCUGGCUCAGGACAUUCAUCCUUCCAAAGAAGUAAUUGGUAAGGACUCAGAUGAUUCUGAUUUCUGCUCGAAGCGGUUAGUCGCUGCCGUCAUCACACAGUUGUUCUCCUACAUGGUUGCUAAGGGAGUCCGGUACGGCUAUGUGUGCACCGGAGAAGCCUUUAUCUUUCUACGCAUUCUCGACGAUCCGUCAUCCGUCAUGUGUUCCGUCUGUACUCCCAGCCUAGAUGUUGAAGAAAUCAACGAUGACAGUCUGCAUUUAACUGCCGUCGCUCAGGUACUAGCAUUUACCUUAAGAGCUCUAGUGUCCCCUCCUGCCCCGCAAGAAUGGUAUGAUGCCGUCGCGGAACUUGGCAUCUGGCCGGUUGAAUACUCGGAUAUCCUCGAGCAAACACCUCCAACCGCUCGACAAAAGCAUGCCUCACCUCUGUAUCGGGGCCGACGCCCUUCCAAUCUUCCUCCUUUUCAGAUGACAUUACGACCCAGAUGCCGGCCACACACAGAUAUUGUACCUCGAUCAAGAAGCCCUUCCCCCUCAACGUCUCCGCCUCCAUCUCCGUUGUCGCCAUCCGCACGCCGUGGACGAACCGUAAACGCUCGAGCCCGCUCUAACCCGGAUCAAAAAUCGGGUAAGAAAGGGCAAUCCAGCGAAGACAGCGGUGCGAAUUGGAUAGACCAUGCUGCUGAACCACCAAAGAUCAAAAGCCAACUUUACUGUUCCCAGCAGUGCUUGCUGGCCCUACGAGACGAUGGUCCGCUCGACACCUCCUGCCCGAACUAUCUAGCUCACCUUAAGCGACGGAUCCAGCCAGCGGAGUUUCGCGCUCUUAUCCGAGAGCAGCUCUCCAGGGACCGUGGCCCGGAUGCCAACUGUCGCCCUCUCUACAAGAAGGGAAGUUGUGGGGCAGCUUUUAAAAUCCAUCUUUUGUCGCAUGGCUACACUCUACUCGCAAAGGGCGUCGAACGCAACAAUUUACGCAAACUCGAACAUGAAAACAAAGUAUACCAUAGGCUUCACGAUAUUCAAGGCAACCACAUUCCGGUUUGCCUCGGGAUUGUUGUGCUUGACCCAAAAUACCCGUAUUACUAUGACGAGGGAGUUUAUACCCAUAUGCUCCUUUUGAGCUGGGCGGGAAAGUCCAUCUCGGAAAUUAUGAAAUCGGAUGAUUCGGCAUGCGUGAUUGAGAUGGCAUCACAGUGUGUUCAAGCGAUUCACCUUGCAGGUGUACUGCACGGUGAUGUCGAGCCACGAAAUAUUUUAUGGAAUAAGGACUGCAAUCGCCCUAUGCUUGUAGAUUUUGAACGAGCUGAGAUGCGAAAUGCGCUAUCUGCUAUAUCACCGAACCUCGGGCUAAAGAGGAAAAGGCUUGGGAAGAAGAUAUCUACCUUUUCUAAAGAACUUUCAAAAGCUCAGAUCAGCCUGGAGCGCUGUAGGGAAUUGCUCUGUCGGAAUUCCGCCUCAAAGUUCAAGGAAUAG